GUUCUCUGCGUUUGUUCUUUUGAAUGUAUUGUAUUUUGAAUGGACUUUGAUUUGCACACGAUCUUUUCCAAAUGCUAGAAACCGACGUCGGCUGAUUACAUCGGACGCAGAGACGGUGGAUGAUGAAGGUUCGGAGGUUACGGUCGCUGACACAAACAUCCCGACACUUCCCCUCAGAGACCGAGCGCCCUACAUUCAACCAUCAAACCCACUGUUACAUAAAAAAACCACCACCACACAAGCCGGCUUGCUGCCUGUUGCUAAGCAACGAGCCCUGGAGCCCCAUCGACGAGUCUCGCUGGGCAGUGGCUGUACCUGAAAGUGCUCAAAUAGGUCAGCGAGGACAAAAGAUGAGAGACGAACUUGAAAAAAACAGAAAGAAAGGGAGGGAAAAACAGCAUGAAAGCAUGUCCCUGGGACUGUGUGGGUCUGCACUCAGCAUUAUGUGAGUAAUGAGGUUUGUUAGUCAGAGGAGGCUGGCUGAGGGAAAAACAGAAGGAAGAGGGUCUGUGACGAAGAACGACAGGCAGGAGCGAGCUUCUGUCAGGAGUAUGAGAUACACAAGGCGUGAUCGAAACCAACCAGCCGAGGACGAGCGGCGUUUUUCCAGGAGUCGACUCCAUAUUUGAUCAUGUUGGUGCAAAGAGCAAAAAAAAAACCCUGCUGAGGUGUUCGGUGAGGUUAUAACUGAGGCGACAUUUCGAGAACAAAACAAACAAACAAUCGUUCAUAGGUGCCAGUCUAGACUAUAACCUGUUUACCCAACAUUAAAGGGAUAUUCUGCGUAAAAUUAAGUUAGGGACAAACAAACCGUAACAACGAGUUAGACACCCCUGAGAGAGAUGAAUGUUGCCGACUGCUUCUUCUCUAGUUAUACCAACUUUAGUAACGAUUGCAGGAUAGCAAUACAGAGUCACACGCUUAACCAAAACGCCACUCUAUAGCCACAAAUAAUGCUCAGAACAGCACCUAACUUCAUCAACAGGACAUAUAGGGUCACAGCCAUAGUACUAGACACCAAACAUCUUUUUAACUUUGACUCAUUUCUUUAACAAAGAGACUAAACACAACUCACCUACUCUCUUCCAGCAGCUGUUUGUUUGUAGCGAGACCUCAGGCCAGUCCAUUACGGACUACAGCGGGGUGACGCAGCUCAAGGAAGAACAUUUAUGAUCAUUUCUUCAUCAUUUCCUUAAAGUAAUAAUCAUCAUAUUAAUCAUUUUACAUGAAGAAAUGAUCAUGAAUGUUCUUCCUUGAGCUGCACUGAAGUCAAUGGACUCGCUAAGCUAGUUGUUACUUAAGUUGGUAUAACUAGAGAAACAAGCAGUCGGCAACAUUCAUCUCUCGACGGGGUGUCUAACUCUAAUUUUACGCCGGAACAUCCCUUUAAGAUGGGAUAAGACUGAGGUUUGAUUCAUAAAAGGUCAACCAGGAGAUGACCUGGAAGUCCUGAAAGUCUUGAAGUCUUGAAACUUACGAACACAAACAAAAUCCUGGUCCAGUUAAAUCCACUAACGGAGCUCGAACCCUUUUCUCACUGCAGAUGAGGGUGAAAACUCUCAAUUACCUCCUUUUCUCCAUUCUUCCUCACAUUCGUUGUAAAAUCUUUGAGUGAUGAUCUGUAGUGAGUUCAUGUCCUAUCUGACUGACUGACUGACUGACUGACUGACUGACUGACUGACUGACUGACUGACUGAGGGCAUCUGAAGUUCACAUUAAUAUUCAGUCUAAGCCCACAAAAGCAAUUCUUCUGUUCGGAGUAAACAGCAAAUCCUGCGUUAAAUCCUGUAAAGGAUCAUGUUGGUGAGCGCGACGACAGAGCUGAGCCGCUUACAGUCGCACAAUGAGGAUGUCUGUCCAAAUGCCACAUGCCGUACCUCAGACUGUUUUCCUGAGCAUGAGAGGGUUAAAUACUUACGCAGAGACAAACCUUUAUUUCCGUACGGGGAGCUGUUGGAUUUAGAUACAACUAUGAAGCAUCACUUGUAUUUUGCGAGCUCGUGUUACAAACCCCGAUGUU